ACGUAAAAAGAAAAACAAAACAAAAAAAAAUUUAUGCUACAUCUUAGUUAAAUUCUAAAAUACACCCGGGGUUAAAAAUAAAAAUUCGAACUUUUUGAGAAAAUCUAGAGAGAAAGAGAGAGAGAGAGUUGCCAUUUUUAUUUUUGGUCAAAGAGAAAGGUAGAGAGAGUAAAGAUAUUGAUGUUGUUUUGGUGAUGUUAUAAGGGGGGGUUUGUGGGCGUGUGUGAAUAUUAGUGUAAAAGAAGCCGAAGACAAAGCCGGCUCUCAUUUUUUUUCUUUUUUUCAUUUAUUUUUUUGCUUCAUUUAUUUUUUUGCUUCUCAGCUCUGUUUCACUGCCAAUUUAUCUUACGCAAGAGGGAAAGCAAAAAUUUUUAUUUUUCCCUCUUUUUAUUCUUUUGGGUUCUUUCUCAUUGUUAUCUAUAUUGGUGUUUGUGAACUUGGAUUCGUUUGCCUUGUCCUUUUGGCAUCGUCUUAUUCAAUCUGAUCGCUUUUUUUUUUCUUUUUUUUUUUUUUUUUGGUGAAUAAGAUAAAAGAGAAUAGAGUUGAGAUAUGCCCAGAAUAUUGGAUGUGCCUCUGAUGGGGCUGUUUUGAAAAUUUUGGAUUGGAAUAUGAGCAUUUGAUUGAGUUCUGGAUGCAAUCUGAGUUUGUUUGAUAUUUUUUUGACUAAAAAAAUAAAAAAAUAAAAAAAAGGAUCUUGAAGGGGUUUUCAUUUGAUUUGGGGAAAUGGGUUGCUUUCCGUGUUUCGAUUCGAGAGAGGAGGAGAAAUUGAAUCCCGAGAAACAAAGCGAUGAUCGAAAGCAGAGUCAACCAGCGGUCCCCUCCGGCCUAUCCAGCAUGCCUUCUGGAGCUGACAGAUUCAGAUCAAGAAGUAAUGCCAACGGUGGUUCUAAAAGGGAAUUGCCUGUUCCCAAGGAUGUUCCUACGGUCAAUAUUGCUGCGCAAACAUUCACUUUUCGCGAGCUUGCAGUGGCAACAAAGAAUUUCAGGCCUGAGUCUUUCAUAGGGGAAGGGGGAUUUGGGCGUGUAUAUAAGGGGCGCCUCGAGAGCACUGGUCAGGUGGUUGCUGUCAAACAAUUAGAUAGAAAUGGUCUUCAGGGCAACAGAGAAUUUCUUGUUGAGGUGCUCAUGCUUAGCCUUCUACAUCACCCAAAUCUAGUGAAUCUGAUUGGCUAUUGUGCGGAUGGGGAUCAGCGGCUUCUUGUUUAUGAAUUUAUGCCUAUGGGAUCAUUGGAAGAUCACCUUCAUGAUCUUCCACCUGAUAAGGAACCACUGGAUUGGAAUACAAGGAUGAAAAUAGCUGCCGGUGCAGCCAAAGGUUUGGAGUACCUGCAUGACAAAGCGAACCCUCCAGUUAUUUAUAGGGACUUCAAAUCAUCCAACAUAUUACUGGAUGAAGGAUUUCACCCAAAGCUUUCUGAUUUUGGGCUUGCUAAGCUUGGUCCCACUGGAGACAAGUCACAUGUGUCAACCAGGGUUAUGGGGACUUAUGGUUAUUGUGCUCCAGAGUAUGCGAUGACUGGACAAUUGACAGUGAAGUCUGACGUUUACAGUUUUGGAGUAGUCUUCUUAGAGCUAAUUACUGGACGUAAAGCCAUUGAUAGCAAUCGACCCCAUGGAGAGCAGAACCUUGUCACAUGGGCACGUCCAUUGUUCAAUGAUCGUAGGAAGUUUUCAAAAUUGGCAGAUCCACAGCUGCAGGGUAGGUAUCCAAUGAGAGGACUGUACCAGGCUCUAGCAGUGGCGUCAAUGUGCAUCCAAGAACAGGCUGCAACCCGUCCUCUCAUCGGUGAUGUGGUCACUGCACUCUCAUAUUUAGCUAACCAGGCAUACGAUCCUAAGACGUCUUCAGGGCAUGGAUACAGAGGUUCUGGAGAUAAGGAUGACAAAAGAAACAAAGAUGGAAGGAUAUCCAAGAAUGAGGAAGGUGGAGGAUCGGGGCGAAGAUGGGAUUUAGAAGGGUCUGAGAAAGAAGAUUCCCCUAGAGAAACUGCGAGGAUGUUGAAUAGGGAUUUAGAUAGAGAACGAGCUGUUGCUGAGGCCAAGAUGUGGGGAGAGAAUUGGAGGGAAAAACGACGACAGAGUGCACAAGGCAGUUUUGAUGGUGCCAAUAUGUAGUUCCAUAGGAUUAUGGCCAUGGCUAUAGAGCUGAGGCCUUUGUCUACACCCCCAUUUAAAAAAGGAGGGCCAAAUAUAUAUUCCCAAAAAAGAAAGGAAAAAAAAAAAAAGUCAAAGUUAAAUAUAUGGUACUUUUUUUUUUAUUUUUUUGUUUUAAAAUUUUUGUAUUUACCAUAUAAAGAAGUUUCUAAAAAUUUAGUCUCCAAUGGCAACCGAAAAAAAAAAAAAAAAAAGAGAAAAGAAAAUGGAGAUGUGCAAAAAAUGCAAAAUUGAGCAGUUAUUCUGAAAUUUAUAUAUGCAGCCUGGUUGAGUGCUGAUUUCCCUUUUUAAA